AUGUGCUACAUGAAGAAGAAGUUCACUCUAAUCCGAAUCAGCUACGUCCUAUUAGCAGUGACACUGAUCGGUGCGGUUUUAGGUGUGAAAACAUACACAUGUUCUAACGAGACCAAACAUGAUGGUUCUUUUAACACAACCAACAAGGCAAUGAGUCCAUCGUGUCGAAAGAGUCUUGAGUAUGCAAACAAUACGAAUGCCACUAAAGAGUUCAUGAUGUGGUGGGCUAGAGCGGUGAGCGGAGAUGGCUUCAUGGCGAUGGGCAUAGGGUUCGAAAACAUGGCGGGACCCCUAAAGUAUCAAGCAGUUGCCCUUCGUGUCUCCGGUGAUAUGGCCAUCUUUUACAACUGUGCAAUGAACGGAUACCAAGACACCCUAUAUGCCCACUCUAACAGCCAGUUUUACCCCCAAUGCACCAUCACAGGAACCAUCGAUUUCAUAUUCGGCAAUGCAUCAGCCGUCUUCCAAGACUGCAAGAUGAUUGUCAGGAAACCACUUGACAACCAAGUGUGCACCAUGACAGCCCAGGGGCGAACCAACCGCACAUCAAAAGGUGCAUUGGUCCUCCAGGGCUGCACCAUCACAACUGUACUAAAACAAGGAGCAGCCACAACCAUAGCCCCAAAUUCACCAUAA